GUACGGCGGUUGAACGACUACAAGCGCUUCACAAUGGCUGUCGGCACCUUUGACAUUGCUCGUCUGAAGCAGCUCGUUGCCCAGGGCUUGAAGCGAGGCGCCAGCGCGCACACAAUCCUCGACAAGAUGCGUGAUGCUGCAGAUGGCCUCUAUAAGCCUCGAGGCUAUACUACACACGAUGCAGAGAUGGCGUACCUUGCAAAGGCAUUAGGUGGCCCUCGUCUAUUGUUCAUGCUCAACCAUUCUUUGGCCGGAUUGCCCUCCGCUCGUACAAUCCGCAAGCACAUGCAAGUUCCUGAGCUGCGUCCCAGUGUUUCCCAGCCUACCACUGCAGAGAUUGGUGCAAACAUCACCUCAUUCUGCGGCCCACUUGCAGUGCCGGAGCCUCUUCCUCGGUCUGGUCAUACGCUGGUGAUUGAUGGCAUUGCACAGGAGUCGAAGGCAAGGUACGAUGCAACAUCCAAUCAGGUUCUUGGCUUGUGUCGAGAGCACUCUCACAUGCUGGACCUCCGGGUGCUCAGUGUUGAAGCUGUCAAAGCAAUCGCAGCUGCGCUACACGGAGACAGCCCCUGCUGUCACUACGGGUCAGAAGCCACUGUCGCUGCUAUGGCUCCCUUUCGAAAGGACCACUACACCAUCAUUCCCAUCAUGGUAUCUCCGACAUGCAAAGCAGAAACAGCGGAGGAACUUGCAGAGCACAUUCUUAUGAUUUUGCGUACCUGGCAUGAAAGUGAAGAUGGUGAACGUCGUCAUGGUCCGUGUUGGAGCGUAGGAACAGAUGGCGAUGCGAAGUUCAGGACAGCAAAGUUUCGCGCACUAACAUCAAAGACACUCGAGCGUGGGACUCCUUUGCACGCCAAGCUGGUCUGGCUUCGAGGACUUAACUUGCAAGUAGGCCCGUAUGAUGUAACUGCAGAUGCAGAUCCCAAGCAUAUCUUCAAACGCUUCAACACUCUGCUCUGCCAUAAAGACGGCAUUCUUGUCCUUGAUACUGUUAUUAAUAGAGAUGUUCUUGCCGGCCAUCUCGCCAAGCAAGGAAUGUCCUCUGAGAAGAUCGUUGGCCUUUUGGAUCCGAACGACCCCCAGAACGUCCCACGUGCCGUUCAGCUACUUCGAAGUGUCAUCGCUAUUAAGCAUAUUAACCUCCAGCCUGAAAGCUCAGCUUCACGCUACCGGCCUGAUGAAGAGAAAGAGCACCGGGCUCUCUCACUCCUUGCCGAGGUUUACAACACACUUCUUACACCAUUCAUCACCAUAUCAAUGUCUCUGCGUGAUCAGUUCCGACAACUCAUAGUAUAUGCCCACCUCGCGUUCUACCUCUAUCGCAAGUACCGCACGGCGUUCAUGACCAGUCAAUUGUACCAUGACACUCAACAUGUGAUCAAGUCGCUCACGUUUAACAUUGCCAAACAACAGCUCCUUGAAGACACGGCCCCGUUCUACAUCAUUCAGCUUGGCCAGGAUCGCCUAGAGGUUGCGUUUGCAGAUGUUCGAACGCAGGACCAUGCGAGCAAUGUUGACACAUUGAGCCUCACUCGAAAGCUUGGAACAGGCUGCAUGAUCAGCAACCUCAAUCUGAAGCACCCUUCCUGGAACCGUGGACAUCGUCGCUUGAAGUUCUUUGAGAAUGACGGCCCAGAUCACAUCAACCCUGCGUCAUGGACAGGCGACGUAACUGCUGGGUCAGUUUCUCUCCAGUGGGACUGGGCACAUGGUUACAGCCAGGCUGUGGACAUCCUG